CGUUGCCUUUUCUUUCAUCUUUACUGCCAUCACGAUAUGUCCGACUCAGCGCCAGCAAGCACACUACCCUACCCGCCCGUCCACAAGGACAAAAAAUUCGUUAUUCUAUCCGAUUGGGAUGGCACGAUAACGACGUGCGACUCGAAUGAUUAUAUGACCGAUAACCUUGGGUACGGCAAGGAGAGAAGGAGACAAGGGAAUUUGGACAUUCUCACAGAGAAGGCUACGUUCAGGGAUGCCUUUCGGGAGAUGCUAGCCAGCGUCGUUGCUAACGGACAUUCAUUUGAAGAGUGUAAGGAUGUUUUGCGCAAGAAUAUACAACUCGAUUCCGGAUUCAAGGACUUCUAUGCUUGGUGUAAAGCCAACGACAUCCCAGUCAUUAUUGUCUCCAGCGGUAUGACCCCAACUAUUCGUGCCGUGCUUUCGAAUCUCCUUGGGGAAGAGGCAGCAAAUGAAAUAGAGAUCAUAUCUAACGAUGUGGACCUCCACGAGGACGGAACGUGGUCCAUUAAAUUUAGACAUCCUACUAGUGGAUUUGGACACGACAAGUCCUGGGCGAUUCUUCCUUACCGCGAUCUUCCAGAUCCUCCAACGCUGUUUUUCUUCGGCGACGGAGUAUCGGACAUGUCCGCUGCUAAGCAUGCGGAUGUUCUGUUCGUAAAGACGAAAGAUCAAGGAGACAAUGACUUGGCGGCGUACUGUACCCGCGAAGGGAUUAAGCAUAUCCUCUUUGAUGAUUUCUCUAGAGCACUGCCUGUCGUGCAGUCCGUUGUUAAAGGAGACUUAACUGUAGAGCAAGCUCUUGCCAUUGGUCAGGCUUAGACGGCUUGACAUGUAGACGCGUAGUAUAGAAUCACAGCGCUGAUUGACCUUUAGAACCCUCGUUCCUACCGCUUGACCCCGUUGAAUCAGAAGAACCGGAAUCCCCCCAGUGCGAAUGCCGGGAUGCGGUGUCUGUAUUAUGGCGCGCGCCUAUUCGUGUCUCUGACCGGUAAUAUAUCAAUGUUAUCAAUAUGCCAAGUCGUCACGCAAAGCUUUAUGGACCCAAAAUUAUGCCCAACCUGCCGAUUUGAGUCCGGGAGUACGGUCUGGUGCAUUAGGGCAGAUGUCUUGUAAAAUGGCAGCAGCUAGGGUC